GAUCUUAAGCGUCGUGCCUCACAGGCUCUGCCUCCCUCCCAACGUGGAAGAGUUAAGGGCUCCCGCCCGCUGGAGUGUGUCUGCGGGUCAAGCUGGGAACUAGAGAAUGGCCGCCUCGUGCCGCUUAGAAACUGAAUUGCCCCGCGAUUAGUGUGCUGUGAGGAGGGAGCGGGACCAGAGCGUUCUGUGCUGUCUGCUGUCCCGCUGGGUGCCGCCUGGCUCCAGAAGCCUCUCACCAUGAUCGAUAGCUCCAAGAAGCAGCAGCAGGGCUUCCCAGAGAUCCUAACUGCUGAGGAUGUCGAACCUUUCAAAGAAAAGGAAUGCCUCGAGGGGAGCAACCAGAAAAGUCUCAAGGAAGUGCUCCAGCUGAGACUGCAGCAAAGGAGGACAAGAGAACAACUAGUGGACCAGGGCAUCAUGCCACCUCUGAAGAGUCCAGCAGCAUUCCAUGAGCAGAUAAAAAGCCUGGAGCGAGCCAGAACCGAAAACUUCCUGAAGCACAAGAUCCGGAGCCGCCCAGACCGCUCUGAGCUGGUCAGGAUGCACAUACUGGAAGAAACUUUUGCAGAGCCGUCUCUUCAGGCCACACAGAUGAAGCUGAAGAGAGCUCGGCUGGCCGAUGACCUAAACGAGAAGAUUGCUCAAAGGCCUGGUCCCAUGGAGCUGGUGGAGAAGAACAUCCUUCCUGUGGACUCGAGUGUCAAGGAAGCGAUCAUAGGCGUGGUGAAAGAGGACUAUCCCCAAACUCAUGGCGAGUUCUCAUUUGAUGAAGAUAGCAGUGAUGCUUUGUCUCCAGACCAGCCAGCGAGCCAGGAGUCUCAGGGCUCAGCUGCAUCCCCCAGUGAGCCAAAAGUCAGUGCCUCGCCACCUCCUGUGACUACAAACACUCCGGCCCAGUUUACCUCAGUGACCCCAGCAGUUCCUGAAUUCUUGAAAACCCCUCUACCUGCGGACCAGCCUCCCACGAGGUCUACAGCUCCCGUCCUCCCCUCGAACACUGUGUCCUCAACAAAGCCUGGCCCAACGCUGGUGAAGCAAAGCCAUCCGAAGAAUCCCAACGACAAACACCGUAGCAAAAAGUGCAAAGACCCGAAGCCACGCGUGAAGAAGCUGAAGUACCACCAGUACAUCCCACCCAGCCAGAAGGGGGAGAGGAGCGAGCCGCACAUGGACGCCAACUAUGCCCGCCUGCUCCAGCAGCAGCAGCUCUUCCUGCAGCUGCAGAUUCUGAGCCAGCAGCAGCAGCAGCAGCAGCAGCAGCACUACAACUACCAGACCAUCCUGCCUGCGCCCGUCAAAAAUGACAAGAACAACAGUAAUAGCACGACUGCGCCUGCCAGGAAGCCAGGACCUCUGCCUUCUAGUUUGGAUGACUUAAAGGUGUCCGAGCUGAAGACAGAACUCAAACUGAGGGGUCUGCCAGUGUCAGGCACUAAGCCAGACCUCAUUGAACGCCUGAAACCCUACCAGGAAGUAACCAGUAGUGGCCUUGCCACUGGCAGUAUUGUGGCAGUGUCAUCUGCAGCUAUUGUCACCAGUAACCCAGAGGUCACAGUAGCAUUGCCAGUCACAACACUACAUAAUGCCGUGACUAGCUCUGUGUCCACUUUCAAGGCAGACUUGCCGCCUUCUGGACCCAGCAACAUGCCCCAUAUUGAAAAUGCCCAGUCCCCUCUGCCCAUCUCGCCAUCACCCUCCGAGCAGUCCAGUCUCAGUACCGAUGACACAAACAUGACAGAUACCUUCACAGAGAUCAUGACCAUGAUGUCCCCUUCCCAGUUCCUGUGUUCAUCUCCCCUGAGGGUGGCGAGCCAUGAGGACAGCCUGAGUCCCACCAGUAGCACCCUAUCAACCCUAGAACUGGAUGCUGCUGAGAAGGACCGCAAGCUUCAGGAGAAGGAAAAGCAGAUUGAAGAGCUGAAGAGGAAGCUGGAGCAAGAACAGAAGCUUGUGGAGGUCCUCAAGAUGCAGCUUGAGGUGGAGAAACGUGGGCAGCAGCGGCCACCAGACCCUCAGCCCAGUGGCCUCGCACAUCCCUUCAGUACAUCAGAUCAGAAACAUGGCAGUGUCGGGUCCUCUGUCAAGGAUGAGGCCUCACUCACUGACUGCUCCAGCCCCCAGCAGCCCAUCCCAGUGCCUGGCCACUCUGUAGGCCAGCCCAUGUCCACAGGUAGCCAGCCCCUUGUUGCCAAAAAGGCUGUGGUCAUCAAGCAGGAAGUCCCCAUGGGCCACGCAGAGCCGCAGAGUGUCGUCUCACAGUUCUACGUGAGCUCCCAGGGACAGCCACCUGCCCUGGUUGCUCAGCCUCAGGCCUUGCUGACCACACAGACCACUCAGCUGCUGUUGCCAGUGUCCAUCCAGGGCUCAAGUGUCACUUCAGUGCAACUCCCAGUGGGUAGCCUCCAACUCCAGACCCCAGCACAAGGAGGAGCCCAGGUUCAGCCUCAGGUAGCUGCCGCCACACAGAUUCCAGCUGCAGCCUUGCCCUCGGCCUUGGCCCCAGCACUGCCUCAGAAGCAGGAGGCCUUCCCGAAGCACGUGCUGGGCCAGCCUCAACCAGUCGGAAAGGUCUUCACAAACUCGGCACCAAGCACAGUUCUUCAGUAUCAGAGGCAGCCUGGCCCAGCGACCCAGCAGCCCUUUGUCAGUAAGAGCUCCAGCCCUGUUCUUCAAUCUAGAAGUACCCCACUUGCACCCCUGCAAAACGGACCUAGCCCAGCCAGCAAGCCUCACUCACCAUCCCCGCCCCAGCAGUUUGUUGUCCAACACUCUUUGUUUGGGACCCCAGUCACCAAGACUAAAGACCCACCUCGCUAUGAGGAAGCCAUCAAGCAGACACGCAGCACCCAAGCAGCCCUUCCAGAGGUUUCCAGUGCGCACAGUCAGCAGAUGGAUGACCUCUUCGACAUCCUCAUAAAGAGCGGAGAGAUCUCCUUCCCCAUCAAAGAAGAACCUUCCCCAAUUUCCACGAUGAAACCAGUGACAGCCAGCAUCACCACAAUGCCAGUCAACACAGUGGUGUCUCGGCCACCGCCCCAGGUCCAGGUAGCACCGCCUGUAUCCUUAGAGCCUGUGAACAGUUUAUCUGCCAGCCUGGAGAACCAGUUGGAAGCCUUCUUGGAUGGGACUUUACCCCCGGCCAAUGACAUCGCCCCAGUGCCGAGCAGCAGUGAGGACAGAGGGCCUUUCUCCCUGAUAGAGGAUCUGCAAAAUGACUUGCUGAGCCACUCCAGCAUGCUCUACCACUCUCACUCCCCCAUGGAAACGUCUGAGGCCCAGUUGGUGGCAGGGACGCCCUGUCUGUCUCUCGACCUGUCAGACUCCAAUCUGGACAACAUGGAGUGGCUGGACAUCACCAUGCCCACCACAUCUUCUGGGCUCACGCCUCUGAGCACCACUGCACCCAGCAUGUUCUCUGCUGAUUUUCUGGACCCUCAGGACCUGCCACUCCCAUGGGACUAAGGUCAUGGGUCACUUGUCUCCGAGCUCAUGAGGUUUCAAAACAUGAAAACAACCCUGAAAGGUCAGUGCUUAGAGCUAGAGCCAUAGCUGCACUGGUGGAAUUAAACUAUGUUGUCACAGAUACAAAGAAAGGUCAUAGCCUAGAAGCCAAGUGUGAGAGCACAUCUUGCGUCUAGCAGUGACUCCACAAUUUACAGAGGCAGGCCUGUCGCAUGCAAGAGGCCUUGUGAAUGAAUGUCUUAGAUAAAGCCAAAGGUCAGGUACCAUCCACAGGAGGUGGCACUAGGGCUCGGAUCAUCAGCUACCUUUCCCCUCUGUAGUCACCUCACGGCCCCAAUAAGAGGCAAGCAGCUCCACUUGAAACAACAGGGCAUCACAUGGAGUGGAGAAGCCACUGCACGUGUGCUCCUUAGAGUGGCCCGAGCUGGGUCUCUAGGUCAGAGGCACCCGUGCAUGUCGGGCAGCCAGCAGCAACAGCUUCCAGCCAGAGGCUCUUGAGUUCCACUUUGAAAUCAGCGUGGUUGUGUGAUGUCACAGGU